AUGGUUUCAGUACGAUGCAAUAAAGUGUUAGGUGUCCCAAAACAACAACAAACAUCUAUUUCAUUGCACCAGUUGUUACACCCAGAAAAGUUCCAAGAACAGGUUUCUGACCAAUGGAGCUUCUUAAAAUUGCCCAAAGAAAUAUUGAACCAAGUGGCCAUAAACAACCACCUAAGAAGGCCCAUGAAAACCGUCUGGCUGGGGCUGCAGCUGCAAUAUGUGGCCGUGCCCACAACCAUAGCCCAGCACCACCUCCAGCAGAAAGAAAUAGAACAUCUGUUAUGUCUCUUCGUGGGAAUAAGCUUAUACGUCGAGAGUAUGAAUUCUUUAAGGUUUAAAUACUUAACCAAUGCAUCAGUUUUGAAAUGUACUAAAAGUACCUUCAACAACUACAUAAAUAGAACAAACCGAAACUAUUCUUGCCUUCUUGGAAUAGAAACUUCAUGUGAUGAUACAGGCUGUGCGAUUAUCAGUGAUCGUGGAGAAAUAUUAGCGGAAACUGUGCAAUCUCAAAACUUAAUGCAUCUUCGAAACGGAGGAAUUAUACCUGAUGUUGCUCAAGAUUUACACAGAAAAUACAUUGAACCCACUGUGGAUAAAACUUUAGAACAAGCAAACGUUAGUAUGUCAGACAUUGCCGCAAUUGCUGUCACAUUACAGCCUGGCCUACCUUUAAGUCUCGCUAUAGGUAUGAAAUAUGCAAAACAUUUAGCUAGAAAUUUCAAAAAGCCUCUCAUACCAAUUCAUCACAUGGAGGCACAUGCAUUAGUUGCUCGAAUGGAACACGAUAUAUCCUUUCCAUUUUUGACAUUACUUAUAUCUGGUGGACAUUGUUUACUUGCUGUGGCUCAGGAUGUAAACAAAUUUUUAUUACUAGGUGAAAGUAUAGACUGUGCUCCUGGAGAAGUUUUUGAUAAAAUUGCAAGGAGGAUGAAGCUACGAAAUGUACCUGAGUAUUCACAAUUAUGUGGAGGACAAGCUAUUGAAAUUGCUGCUUCAAAAGCAACAAACCCACACAUGUUUAAAUUACCGCUUCCUUUAGCUGAACAUAAAGAUUGUAAUUUUAGUUUUAAUGGCCUUAAAACAUCUGUAUUAUAUCAUCUUUUUAAAAAGGAACAAUUUCACAAUAUUGAUGCAGAUAAGCUAAUUCCAGAAGUAAAUGACUUAUGCGCCGCUACAUUAAUGGCUACUUCUAGACAUUUAUUACACCGAACACAAAGAGCUAUGGAAUUUUGUCAUCAAAACAACUUAAUACCAAAUAAUAAAAAGCAGUUUGUUGUUUCUGGCGGUGUGGCUUGCAAUAAUUACAUUUUUAAUGUGCUGACAGUACUGUGUAACGAGUUCGAUUAUAACAUUUUUAGACCCCAGCCGAAGCUAUGCACUGACAAUGGAGUUAUGAUAGCAUGGAAUGGCUUAGAAAAGUGGUGGAGAAAUAUUGACAUAGUAACUGAUUUAAAUACUUUAGAUAUAAAAGCUCAAAGUCCAUUAGGUGAAAGUUUUGUUGACAAAGUUGUCACUGCAAGAAUACCAACAAAAUUGAUGAAACAUUUUUUGGAAUUUGUAUAUCUGCCAAAACAUUGGCUGGUUACACGUGCCUUUGACGAUAACUUACAGAUUACUAACGGUGUAAGGAAUUUUGAAGAUAUUCCAGGUCCUAAAUGUUAUCCUCUCAUCGGCACGUUAUACAAAUAUUUGCCUUUUUUGGGUGAUUACGAUUUAGAUGCAGUUGACAAAUCAGCAUGGCUUAACUGGCGUAAAUAUGGAGGUUUUGUAAGAGAAUUUCCUGGCGUUAGAGUGCUUCACGUCUUCGAACCUGAUCUCAUAGAAGCGGUAUUUCGCCAGAAAGAACGGUAUCCAGCGAGACGAAGUCAUUUAGCAAUGCAAUAUUAUCGUCUUAAUAAACCAGAAGUACAUAAUUCAGGCGGCCUUUUGUCUACAAAUGGUCCAGAAUGGUGGCGAAUUCGUAGUACAUUUCAAAAAAAUUUUUCAAGUCCGCAAAACGCUAAACACUACGUAAACGAUGUUGACAACAUUGCUAGAAAAUUUGUGGAAUGGGUUAAAGAGAGCAAACCUUCUCCCAAUGAGGACUUUUUACCAUACUUAAAUCGCUUAUACCUGGAAGUAAUAGGUGUUGUUGCUUUUAAUGAGCAUUUCGAAAGUUUUUCAUCUAAGGAACAAGAUCCGGAAUCCCGAAGUAGUAAAAUAAUUAAAGCAGCUUUUGAAUCAAACAGUGGCAUUAUGAAGCUCGAUAAGGGAAUUUUAUGGAAAUAUUUCAAGACACCGUUGUACAGAAAACUGGUCAGAUCUCAGGAAUAUUUAGAAAAAGUGUCGUUGGAUAUAUUGUUGAGGAGACUCAAUUUUUACGAGGAAGAGAAACAAAAUAAUGACAAAUCGCUGUUAGCUUCUUUCCUUCAAUUGCCUAACGUUGACAUGAAGGAUAUAACGGGAGUUAUGGUGGAUAUUUUAAUGGCUGCAAUAGAUACGACUUCAUACUCAACGAGCUUUGCUUUGUAUCACUUAGCAAAAAAUGAAGAGUGUCAGAAAAAGGUUUUUGAGGAAUUGUCUUUGUUAAUGCCUGAAAAGGAUAAAGAGGUAACAUCGGAUUUAAUAUCAAAAGCGGUGUAUCUUAGAAGUUGUAUUAAGGAAAGUCUUCGUUUGAAUCCUGUCGCUGUCGGCGUUGGACGACUUUUACAACAGGACAUGGUGUUAAAAGGAUACUUGAUUCCUAAAGACACGGUGAUAGUGACACAGAAUAUGGUAGCAUCCCGCCUACCACAGUACCUUAAAGAUCCCUUGGUCUUCAAACCUGAGCGAUGGAUUCGAGACUCGGGCCAAUAUGAAGUCAUUCAUCCGUUUCUGAGCCUUCCUUUUGGUUUUGGUCCACGAUCGUGCAUUGCGAGGAGACUGGCAGAGCAGAAUAUUUGCAUUACUUUAAUAAGGUUGUUUCGAGAAUUCGACAUAAAAUGGAAAGGCGGUGAUCUUGGAAUUAAAACUCUGUUGAUUAACGUGCCUGAUCAGCCACUAUCGUUUUCCUUUACUACUAGAAAUAUGUAAAAAUGUAACUAUUAAAUUACUUAGUAAACAAAAGGUU